AUGGACGACAAGCCACUGUGCCUGCUAGCCUUGGACGGCGGGGGCAUCCGCGGCCUCUCCGAGCUCGUGGUCCUCGAGGAGAUUAUGAAUCGGAUCAAAUACGACCUUGAUGUAGACGAAGAUCUUCUCCCAGCAGAUUUCUUUGACCUUAUCGGCGGCACAUCUACAGGAGGCCUGAUUGCGCUGUUACUGGGGCGCUUGCGCCGAUCGGUGCCGCAGGCUAGGAGAGAAUACGUCCGCAUUGCAGAGGAAGUCUUCUCCCUUCCGAGGUACCUCAAGAAAAACACGUUCGACGGCCAGAAGCUAGAAGGGGCGGUAAAGCGGCUCCUGGGGAACGAUCGCAGCGAGGAGAAAAUGCUGGAGAAAGAUGGCAGCUGUAAAGUGUUCGUUUGCGCCGUGCCGCAACAAGACGUCAAGUCUCGUGCCGGGCCCCGGAUGUUCAGGACUUACAGGGUGCGCGAGAACGCCUCCUUCAACUGCACGAUCUGGGAGGCGUGCCGCGCAACUUCGGCGGCGCCUUCGUACUUCGAACCCAUCAAAAUAGGUGACGACGGCGAGCAGGAGACGUUCGUGGAUGGCGGACUCGGCUACAACAACCCGGUCGAACAGGUGUUGGAGGAGGCGAGGCGCAUCUUCCCUCGACGGAAGGUCGCCUGCGUCGUCAGCGUAGGAACCGGCGUCGCUAACGUCAUCGCCUUUCCAGACUCGCCAAAGACGAGCCCGGUCAAGCUGAUCAGUGCACUUAAGGACAUGGCAACGGAGUCGGACACGAUGGCAGAGAAGAUACGCGGGCGGUUUCAAAACGUUAAGGAUACGUACUUCCGCUUCAGCGUCGAUCGCGGUCUCCAAGGCAUCGGGCUGGAAGAGUGGAAGGAACUAUCCAAUGUGCGCACCUUCACGACCGAAUACCUUAAUCAACACAUAAUAUCCGAACAGGUCAACCAAGUAGUUAGGGCAUUGCUGGCAUCCAAGGUUGUCAGUCAGGAAGGCCCUAACAGACUGAUUCAGCUUUCCGGGCAGAGUUCAGGCGCACGGGGCCCGCUGGGCCUACCGCAGACGCUAGAAUGGCGACCGAAUGAAGGGUCUAUCCCCAGCUUUCUCUAUACUACCGAGCAACUAGCGUCUCAUAUCGUAGGAUUUCUCUCACAGCGCCACUGGAUCGUCCCGUUUAGUCGCAACGAUGACUUUGUCGGACGCGGCGAGGAAUUAGAACAGCUCCUGGCGAAGAUCCCCCCGGAGGCCAAUAAAGACAACUGCCAGCUAACCGCCCUCGAGGGGCUCGGGGGCGUCGGAAAGACUCAGAUCGCUAUUGAAGCCGCCUUCCGUGUCCGUGAUCAGCAUCCCGACUGCUCCAUCUUCUGGGUUCCCGCAGUAGACACUACUAGUUUUGAGAACGCCUACCGCAAGAUCGGCCAAGAGCUCAAGGUUGCACGGAUUGAUGAAGACAAGGCUGACGUCAAGACACUCGUCAAGGCUGCACUAAGCCGCGAUGACGCUGGCAGCUGGCUCUUAGUUGUGGAUAACGCCGACGACACCGACCUGUUCUUUGGUGAUACGGCUCUCGCUAACCAUCUCCCAUCCAGCCGGAAAGGCUCUAUUCUAUUCACAACACGGAAUCACGAGGUUAUCCGAAGGCUCAGCAUCCGACAAGCGAAUCGCAUCGGCGUGACCGCAAUGAGCCGGGACGAAGCCGUCGAUCUCUUGCAAAAACAUCUGAGAGCGGAGCAGACGAGCGACGCCAAAAGCACUAUGGAUUUGCUCGAAUUUUUGGCCGAUCUCCCGCUUGCUAUCAGGCAGGCGUCCGCCUACAUGGACCGGACAGGGAUGACAACAACACGCUAUAUAGAGCAUUGUCGGUCGAGCGAUGCCGAUCUAAUAAAGCUUCUAGCCAAGGAUUUCGAAGAUAUUGGCCGGUACAAGAGCAUCCAAAAUUCAGUUGCAACAACAUGGCUAAUUUCAUUCCACCAUAUAUCCCGGGAUAACCACCUCUCCGCCCUGUACAUGAAAUUCAUGUCGUUUCUCGCCGAAAAAGAUAUCCCGAGAAAUCUCCUCCCUCCAGGUGACGGCCAAUUGGAGAUGGACGAGGCGAUCGGCCUGUUGAAAACGUAUGCAUUCAUCAGCGAACGAGCUGGCCAAGAGUCGUACGACAUGCACAGACUGGUUCGACUGGCGAUGCGAAACUGGUUGGCCAAGGAACGCGAGCUAGAAAAGUCUGUCACAGCGGUGAUACAGCGGCUUGCAAAUGUCUUUCCCGUUCCCAAACAUGAGAACAGAGGUGUAUGGAUGAGGUAUCUUCCGCAUGUCUUCACAGCGUUGGAGUUCGGAGGUGAUUCGACAGAUGACGCUUCUAAGUCAAGGCUUCUUUAUAACCUCGCGCUCGCCGUGUCGAAUCAGGGCAACUACAGGGAGGCCGAGCAGCUGUGCCGGCAGACGCUCAUGCUACGCACAGAAGUGCUGGGCGCCCAGCAUCCCUCUACACUCAGGGUCAUGAAUAGCCUCGCGAACACAAUGUGGAAUCAGGGCAACUACAAGGAGGCCGAGCAGCUGUACCGGCAGACGCUCGCGCUGCAGACAGAAGUGCUAGGCGCCAAGCAUCCCUCCACACUCAUGACCAUGAAUAACAUCGGGAGCGCGGUGUUGCAUCAGGGCAACUACAAGGAGGCCGAGCAGCUGUACCAGCAGACGCUCGCGCUGCGGAUAGAAGUGCUAGGGGCGAAGCAUCCCAGUACGCUCGUGACCAUAAGUAACCUCGCAAUCGCCAUGUCGAAUCAGGGCAACUACAAGGAGGCCGAGCAGCUAUUCCGGCAGAUGUUUGCGCUGCAGACAGAAGUACUAGGAGCCCAGCAUCCUAACACACUCAGGACUAUGAAUAACCUUGCGAACAUAGUGUGCGAUCAGGGCAACUACAGGGAGGCCGAGCAGCUGUACCGGCAGGCGCUCGCGCUGCGGACAGAAGUGCUGGGCGCUAAGCACCCCGACAUACUCUAUAGCCUGCUAGGGCUUGCAGAUAUAGUGUCAAAUCAAGGCAAUUACAAGGAGGCUGAGCAGCUGUACCGGCAGAUACUUGUGCUGCAGGCAGAAGUGCUGGGCGCCAAGCAUCCCUCCACGCUCCUAACUGAAAAUAACCUCGCAAUCGCAGUGCAGAAGCAGGGCAAUGAGAAGGAGGCCGAGCAGAGUAGUAGAGGAUAA